GGCUGGCUGUCUGGCGGUGAAGAUGGCGGCCAGGGCAGCCUGGGUCUGCCGGGCUUGGCGGCUGCCCCUCCGCGCAGGCUCCCCCCGGCGCGGGCCAGCGGCUGUCGGCGGGCUCUGGGGCGGGGCGGCGGCGGCCCCGAGGCGACCCUUCAGCAACGACAAGGUCCGGGUGGAGCUGGAGGAGAGCACCGGGGUGGCGGUGGUGAAGCUGAAGAGCCCUCCGGUGAACAGCCUGAGCCUGGAGCUGCUGACGGAGUUCUCGAUAAGCCUGGAGAAGCUGGAGAACGACAAGGCCUGCCGGGGGGUCAUCCUCACCUCGGCCGUCCCCAAAAUCUUCUCGGCAGGGCUGGACAUUAUGGAGAUGCACGGCAAAAGCAAGGAGCACUAUGCCGAGUUCUGGAAGGCCGUGCAGGAGCUGUGGUUGAAGCUGUACGACUCCAGUCUGGUGACAGUGGCCGCCAUCAAUGGUUCCAGCCCCGCCGGCGGCUGCCUUCUAGCCCUCUCGUGCGACUAUAGGAUCAUGGCCGAGAACCCCAAAUACAGCAUCGGUCUAAACGAGACGCAGCUGGGAAUCGUCGCCCCGUUCUGGUUCAAAGACGCGAUGGUCAGCACCAUCGGCCACCGGGCUGCGGAGCGCUCCCUGCAACUCGGGCUCCUCUAUCCUGCGCCCGACGCCCUCGAGAUCGGCCUCGUGGACAAGUUGGUGCCGGAAGAGGAGAUGCAGAGCGUGGCGACCCAGGUGAUGGCUCAGUGGCUGGCCGCUCCAGACCACGCCCGUCAGAUCACCAAGUCGAUGAUGCGGAAGGCGGCGGUGGAGCACCUGCGGAAGCACCGGGACUCCGACAUCCAGAACUUUGUCAGCUUCGUCUCCCGAGACUCCAUCCAGAAGUCCCUGCAGAUGUACGUCGAGAUGCUCAAGCAGAAGAAGGCCUGAGCUGGUCCCGGAGCCGCCGGGCAGGCUGGCGAGGGAUGGCUCCUGUGCGGCCGGCCCGGGAACCUCAGUGCCUCUCUCUGACCGGUGGUGCCUCUCGUGUGGACUUCGGCUCCCGGGGAAGAGGGGCAGGCGGGGCCUCUCUGUGCCAGUCGGGUGUUCUCUUCAGUGAGUUAGUUUAACAGAAUGUGAACUGCCAAUAAACAUAACUGUUCAAACGGG